UGUGACCUCUAUGGGAUAUUGUUGUAACUAGGUUUGGUAAUGACACACGUGCGUUGUAGCUUGUAGAUUAUAAAGUAACUAUGCCGAAAUCGAAGCGAAAUAAACAAAUUUCUCUUACAAAUACAAGGAAGAAAGGGUUAGAAUUAAAACAACACCUCAUCGAGGAGAUACAAAAGUGUGUCGACAGUUAUGCUCAUGUGUUUGUUUUCUCUGUUCAAAACAUGCGAAACAGUAAAUUAAAAGAUGUUCGGCAGGAAUGGAAACACAGCAGAUUUUUUUUUGGGAAAAACAAGGUAAUGACUCUUGCUCUAGGGCACAAACCAGAGGAUGAACACAGAGAUAACUUGCAUCUUAUUAGUAAACAUUUGAGAGGCCAGUGUGGCCUAUUAUUUACCAAUAAAAACAGAGAAGAAGUUUUAAGCUGGUUCAGUGACUACAAAGAUAGUGAUUAUGCACGAGCAGGAAAUGUAGCUACAGACACAGUGGUUCUGGAUGAAGGUCCCCUCACACAGUUUCCUCACUCUCUAGAACAACAUCUACGACAAUUAGGCAUGCCUACUAGUCUACAGAAAGGUGUGGUGACUCUCAUAAAAGACUACCAAAUAUGUAAAGAAGGUGAAAUCUUGACCCCAGAGCAGGCCAGAUUGCUAAAGCUUCUCGAAAUUCAGAUGGCUGACUUUAAGAUAUCUGUUGAAUGUAUGUGGUCUAAUGACGGGUCUUUUGAAGACUUCAUUAAGAGAGAACAACCACUAGAAGGAAUGAAGGAACAGAAAAAGCGAAAGCAUAAACAACAAUCUACUAAAAAAGAGACAAAACAAAAAAAGAUGAAGUCUUCAAAACAGAUAAGCCAAGGUUCUACUGAUGACGAAAAUGAAAGAAUGGAAAGUGGUGAUGAUGAAUGUUGAAUGCAGCAAAAUCACAAAAGUUAAUUAUAUAAAUGUUAGGAGUCAAAUCAUUUUUUGCCCAUAUAGAUUUCAACAUUUCUUCUCAAAGCCACUGUACUGAAACUUGAAUUUUUAUAUAACUUUGGAAUUUUAUGACAAAGCUAUUUGUAAAGAAAUGUCAUUUGUAACUGAUCUAUUCAUAUGAACUGUUUACAUAGUAACUUUCCAGUUACAUAGAAAAUAAUGAAGAACUUUGAAAUUUUUAAUUUUGUUAACCACUGUAUAUACAUGCAGUUUUAAAUAAAUCUGUAGAACAUCAA